UCUGGAGCUUUGGCAGUAUGGAAGGUGGAUGCGAGAGGGAGACUUCAUGGAAACCACCUUGUAAAACAUGAAUACAAGAAACCUUUAACUUGCUGCAUCUUCAGACCGUCCACACCUGGAGAUGAUGUGGCAAUGCUAGCUCGAGCAUCUGUGAGAGGAGAUGAGCGUGCGCUGGACAAGUUUAGCUGGAAGGGGGCACCUCUGAAGAUGGGGCCACAGGAGGGACUUGGAUUCUUUAUCUGCACUGCAGAUGGUAAAGUCCAUAGUGUGGAUGAGUAUUGUAAGACGAGUGUCCUUCUCAGUGUGGAGGGCUCCAUCAAGAAACUUCUCUACAUUGAGAAGACAGAGGCCCUCGCAGUGAUCACAGAGAACCUCAUGCUGUCACAGUAUGCUCUCGGACCUGAGGGUGGAGCACAGGAGAUUAUGAAGGGUAAGUUGAGCAGCAAAUCCGGGCAGAAUGUAGACGUUGUGUGGACAGAAGAUGGCCUCCUCAUCACUGCAUCCGGGGAGCAGGUCAUCAG